GUGGGGCGGCGGCUCGGAAGUGACAGCGCACGGCCAGGCCAGGGAGCGCGCCCCCCAGUGCGGCCCCUACCUAGCUAGGCUCAGGCAGGGGGCACCCCCCAUGGGGGAGGCGUCUCCCCGCUUGUGGCAGGAGCCAUGUUGUCCCGGAAGGGCAUCAUUCCCGAGGAGUACGUGCUGACCCGCCUGGCCGAGGACCCCGCCGAGCCGCGGUACCGAGCGCGGGAGCGCAGGGCCCGCUUCGUGUCCAAGAACGGCAACUGCAACGUGGCGCACAAGAACAUCCGCGAGCAGGGCCGCUUCCUGCAGGACGUCUUCACCACGCUGGUGGACCUCAAGUGGCCGCACACGCUGCUCAUCUUCACCAUGUCCUUCCUGUGCAGCUGGCUGCUCUUCGCCAUGGUCUGGUGGCUCAUCGCCUUCGCCCACGGGGACCUGGCGUCCAGCGAGGACACCGAGGCGGCCUGCGUGACCAACAUCCACUCCUUCGCCUCGGCCUUCCUCUUCUCCAUCGAGGUGCAGGUGACCAUCGGCUUCGGAGGGCGCAUGGUGACGGAGGAGUGCCCGCUGGCCAUCCUCAUCCUCAUCCUGCAGAACAUCGUGGGGCUCAUGAUCAACGCCAUCAUGCUGGGGUGCAUCUUCAUGAAGACGGCCCAGGCGCACCGCCGAGCCGAGACCCUCAUCUUCAGCAAGCACGCGGUCAUCGCCGUGCGCCAGGGUCGCCUCUGCUUCAUGCUGCGCGUGGGGGACCUGCGCAAGAGCAUGAUCAUCAGCGCCACCAUCCACAUGCAGGUGGUGCGCAAGACCACCAGCCCCGAGGGCGAGGUGGUGCCCCUCCACCAGGUGGACAUCCCCAUGGAGAACGGGGUGGGGGGCAACAGCAUCUUCCUGGUGGCCCCCCUCAUCAUCUACCACGUCAUCGACGCCAACAGCCCGCUCUACGACCUGGCCCCCGGCGACCUGCACCACCACCAGGACUUGGAGGUCAUUGUCAUCCUCGAGGGCGUGGUGGAGACGACAGGCAUCACCACCCAGGCCCGCACCUCCUACCUGGCCGACGAGAUCUUGUGGGGCCAGCGUUUUGUCCCCAUUGUGGCCGAGGAGGAUGGCCGCUACUCCGUGGACUACUCCAAGUUUGGCAACACCGUCAAAGUACCCACGCCCCUCUGCACAGCCCGUCAACUGGAUGAGGACCACAGUCUGCUGGACGUUGUCACUAUGGCCUCUGCCCGUGGACCCCUGCGCAAGCGGAGUGUGGCUGUGGCGAAAGCCAAACCCAAGUUCAGCAUCUCUCUGGAUUAGCCAGGCCCCCUGGAAUCCUCCUUGGGGUAUAUAUGCCCACAGGCAGUGUGGUGUGGUGUGUAGCUGGACACGAUGCACUUCUAUGCCCAAGGCCAGUCCGGGUCCUGAGGUGAGGCUGGGCCCUUUCAGUUCAGCCUCCCCCAUGCUGCUCACUUGUCACGAUGCUAUUUCUAGCCACCGCAGGUUAUUUUUGUCCCUGCUUCUCCCUGUUUCAGCUCAGUACCUAUUCGGCUUGUCCCUGGUUUCAGGGGGCUGUGGAAAGCAUCAGGCAACCCUAUCCUAGACCCCCUUGAUCCAUCAGCCAGUUGGGCAGGUGUCUGAAGAAGAACAGUGUCUGGAUUGGAGUCCACAGUUCUG